UAGCCCAUUUUCUUCAUUUUUUUACAACAAACAAAAACAAAAGGAAGAAGUAUUAUCAACAAUAUCUCAAUAAAUAAAGAAAUAUGAAGGCAUGGGUGAUAUGUUUGCUAGUGAUUUGCGCCGUGGUGAUUGCGGAACCAGUGGAAAGUCGGGAAUACAUAGAAUAUGGUGCGAUUAACAAGUGUGCGGGUCCUAAUCCUCCUCCGGGAUGCAAUCCUCCCGGGGCCGAACAGAAGAACCCAACUCCCGUUAACGAGUAUAGCCGUGGCUGCAGCAAAAUUCAUCGGUGCAGGCGCGACUGAACCCGAAGUGACGUUCAUCAUUUAAACUGAUUCAUACAUGCAUAUGUAUAUGCGAAUAUGCUAGGUGUUUUAUGUGUUUCAAAUUAGUUAUUAAUGGAUUAAUCAUAAUCAUUGUAUCAGAGAUAUCAAAUGUAUAUAUAUAUAUAUUGUUAUUGAUUUAAAUUAUUAU